CAAUGAGAGAGAGCAGCUAAUACUCAAGAACACAAACCUGACCAAUGAGAGACAGCAGCUUAUCCUCAAGAACACAAACCUGACCAAUGAGAGAGAGCAGCUAAUACUCAAGAACAAAAACCUGACCGAUAACAGAGAGCAGCUAAGAAGUGAACUUCUGAUUUGUGUUGGAUGGAUUUUCUAUCAGUCCAGUUUUUACUACAUGUCCAAUGAGACAAAGAACUGGACUGAGAGCAGACGAGACUGUCAGAAGAGAGGAGCAGAUCUGAUCAUCAUAAACAACAGAGAGGAAUAUUAUUUUGUUCAGAACAAGUCUGGUCCUGCUGCUGUUUAUAUUGGUCUGACUGACAGUGAAGUGGAAGGCAACUGGAAAUGGGUUAAUGACAGCAAUCUGACCUCUGGUUUCAGCUCCUGGGCACCUGGACAGCCAGAUGGAAGCAAACAAGUAGAUGAGGACUGUGCUAUGACGGUAGCUGUGCCUCUGCCAGAGUUUGCUAAUAUAGAAGGGUGGCAUGAUGUUGCAUGUAAUAAAGCUUUUAAAUGGAUCUGUGAGAAGAGGACUUCACAGUUCAUACUUCCAUAG